AUGACUCACUGUUCGAGCAGUAAGCCGCAGGUUGGCAGGAACAGUCUUGCCGUGUGCAGCCGUGUGUUUUGCACAGAGCAGAUAAGCGCGAGAGGCCAGCGGGGCUGGAGGCAGAAUCUGGUUGUGGAGGGUGAACGCUAUCCCAUAAUUCUCAACACCCACUUCAGUCAGAAAGCCUGCGAAGAGACUAAGCCGGAUAACGCAGGCGGUCCGAGAGCUGCGGUCGCUGUGGAGAAAUGCAGACCUCCGCCGUUAACCUGGAGCCUGUGGUGGUCAGGGACGAGCCAAGUGUCAACCGAGACAUCCAUUCCCUGUAAACAGGUCGGUGAGUUGAACAGAAGCGGAGUUCGGAAGUCUCUGCUGGACGCAGUGGAGGAUUGUGGGUCGUCGGGCUCUCAGAGCGGUCCUGUUGAGGUGGUCGUUCAGAGGGUCUACUGCAUACCCAUCACCCAGUCCCUACACAGAACUUCUCUCCAGCACAGAGCGCUUGACAAACCUCCACCAGAAUCAGCACCACCGCAACACAUCGGCAGGUUGUGUGCUCUAGUUCAGGACAGUUACGGGAUGUUCGGUGAGGUUCUUCUGCACUGUGUGUCCACAGAAUCAGAGAUCCAGCAGAACUCGGAGCAGCUGGAGGGCCAUGUGUGUCUCCUCCAGGCCCUGAGAGUCGUCCAGCGUCUCACACGCGACAAAUGUUCUCCACUCUUCAGUAUGAUUGACAGUUUGUGGCCUCCUCCAGUUGAUCCAAAAUCUCAUGACGAUCUUCUGCAGUCUCCCAGUGAUCGAGUCCCACCGCCCUGUUUCUGCUAUAGGCUGAGUGUCCAGCUGGGACACAUGGUUCCGUUAUCUGGACAGACUGAAUCUCCACUGUACCGACCACCUGUACUUCAGACGCUAAGAGAGAUCCUUCAGGAUGAAUCUUCGAGGUGUCAUUGCAGCUUUCGGGCCACUGUGGUUCAUAAAGAAUUACUGAGCUCAAAUGCAGGUGAGAGGGAGAUGCUGCUUUUUGUGACAGAUCCCAGUCUACAAAGGGAGCCAAACACAGAUGGGAACAGGAGAACCGUAGCCGUGUGUCUGAGCCCGUCCUGCCUGAUCCAGAGCUCAGUCACACAGGCCCUGGACGCCCUGCAGACACAGCCUGUUCUGAUGUUCAGAGACGCCGUGAAGGAGAAUGCUCAGAUAUUCUGCUGGGAACAGACGGUGAUCCAACUGGAACCAGAGGACUCAUCCUUCUCCAUACCACGGCCCAUCAUACUGGACCACCUGGGUCCAGAAACCCUCACAUACUCUCUCUGCACUGUCACAGGCGUGGUUGUAGCAGUGGAUGAAAGCACAGCGUUCUCCUGGCCCACCUGCAGCUCUUGCGAGAGCUGCCGUUUAGAGACUCGAGAACAUCAGAAAGGAUUCCUCUGUUUAGAAUGUGGAGCAGUGAUGGAUGAACCCACCACAAAGAUGGAGCUGGAGGUGUUUCUGAGCUGCUCCUCACUGAGCCACUGCACCGUCAAAAUCAAGUUGCAGCAAAAGACCAUUACAUCUCUUUUAAACUCAACAAGCUGUACUGAGGGUUACAGUGUGGAAAAUGUUCUUGGGUCGGAGAUCGGUCCUCUCAGCGUCUUCGUCCACGUCGUCAACAGAAGUCACACUGUUUGGAUGGGUUUGGAGGAGUGUGACCUGCACUGAUUACUAGCACACUUAUCUGUUCAUUUCAUGGUUUAAAAAGAAUUAUUAGUCAACACUAGUCUUGCCUUAUUUCCAAAUGUAUGUAAAUAAGCCCAAAAAGUGUAGAGUGCUAGAAUAACUUUAUCAAUGAUCAUUCUGGAGCCUGUAGUAUUUUGAAACUGUUAAGAAAACCAGAACUAAUAAUAUUAGUAUGAAAGAUGCUCAUGUGAUGUCCAGUAUCAGCUGAUAAAAUAUUUUUGUGUUGUCAAUCAAAUGAUGGCAUCUAUAUUAUGGUGGUGUUUAAGUUAAUUGUACAGUAAUUGAUUUAUUGCUCUCUAUGACAGCUGAACACCUGCAUCCACUAUAAAUAAACGUUUUAUGCCACCAGAUAACUGAUCAAGUCAUUUUCAUGACAGAUAAACCAAUAUUAUUCCUUCAAUUGGUUUUAUUCCUAAUUUGACAAUAAGCACACAAUAAAACCUAAUAUGUUCUAUGAAUAUUUAUAUUAUGUUUAAUGAUUAUUAUUAAUUAUUUAUGCCAUUGAAUUAAUUCUAUGAAUGGGUCUAACUGUAAACUAGGAUCAAAUGCUACUCCUUUUGUAUUCACCUGUGAAUACCAUUGUUGUUGUUUUUCUUUUUUCUUUCUAAAAAGUUGCAUCAAUCCGUCAAGUACCUGUGUAGUAGUUGUAGCCCUUAUUUACCAACUUCUAUUUAAAAGCAUAACCAGCAGCUUCAGAAUUUAUCUCGAGGUCUGGCAAAUUAAUCUGGAAUUUGGAAAUGUGUCUCUCUAGUGUUUACCACAAACCUUAUUUUAUUCUUAAAUCCGAAAUCGCUGUUCCUUACAACCCACGUGACUUUAAGUAUUACAUUUCAAAAUCUACUCACGAAUCAUGAUCCCGUCGAGCUGAUUGACAGCUACACCUUUCAACAGACCACGCCCCCUCAGACCCGCCCCCGUGCACACAUGCGAGUUCACAUGGAUCUUUUUGGAAAUUUCACUUCGUUUUAUUAUACAUUUGUACACACUGUACAAUUUCAAACAUGCUCUGGCAUUAAUAGGAAGUUUUUGGCAAUUAUAAAACGGGUACCAUAAAAACAUAUAUGAAGUUUUUUCUGUAAUAAUUUAGAAUACAAAAACAUUCACAAAAA